AUGCUUCCCCAAACCAAAUUUCUCACUUCUCAUCUCCCCACUUCAAUUUUCCCAACCCAUUUUCCCAGGCCUUCAUUUCCACCCUUUAAACCAAUCACCUUGCAAUCCUUAAAUCCAUUAAGAACAAACCCAUGUCACAGCUUUUCAAUCCAGCGUUUGAAAUGCUCAGUUUCUGUAGUUUCUGAGCCAAUGAACUUGGAAUUCACCAGCAAGCCCAAGCAUUUUCCUUCUGAGGUUUUGAGGACAAUUAUGGAUUUGUCUUCUGUGGGUACUUUUUCUUCUUUGAGUCAAGAGGUUGGCCUUUGGGAUUUGGCGUUCGCUUUGCAGUUGACCUAA